GCCGGAAAAACUAGAAUGGCCGAGUGAGUGUCUCGCUGUAUAUUGGAGCAGAGAUAUUGGAAGGAUAGAUACCUACCUGGAUUCUUCAUGUCUCUUCGUGUGUGUAUUGGUGUGGUGGCGGAUCAAGUGAGAAGUGAUGAGACUAAUGCACAAUCAUAAUCAUUGUGCAGAAGGGAAACCAGCCACCAGCCAACCACCAACCAGCCACUGUUGUACAAAGUUUUACUCAUUUUCGAAGUCUUGAGGUGGCAGUUCCAUGAUUGCUUCUACCCAGCAAAAAGAUGUCAGAGAAGCCUUUCGCCCUUCUCCAGACCCAUUGUGUUGUUCGAAACAUGGAGCCACGAUUGGCCCAUGAAGCUUAAAUUGACUUAGCUUCUAGGCUUGGGAAUCUCGUCGCUUGGCUGCUCCUAAAAGCCCCCUAUAGAAUCUCACAAACCCUUCGGUUACAGCUAGCUUGUCAAUAUGUCUUAGGAUUUCCGGUAAGGCUCUCUUGGAAGCCAGAGAUGGUGUCCUAUGAUUGCCUGGUAGCGAGUUGCCGCAUGAAUAAAUUUGAAGAUAGUGCUGCAAGAUCGAUCGCUUCUAGCUUUUUGUGGAGGUGCCAUUUCGCUUGGGUCACCUAUUGUUUUGGACCUCAUAACCCUUCCGGUGUGAUUCAAGCUUGCACGACAAGAAUAGAUCAGAUAUCAUCUUCAAAGCGUGGGCAUCUUGAGAUGAUGAACGUUGUCCGAGCCCUGUACCGCGUCCGGGCUAAGGACCGUUGUUCCGUGCGGCCUCUAGAAUAGGUAGCUUGUUAAGACCAGUCAACCGGAAACUCGCGAGGUCGUUACCCGAAUGAAGACCAUGUACCUACAGAGUAGAGUUCCUGGACUCGUCAGAUCAAAAACGUGCUGUUGGUUGUGACGAGUUGCGCGCUUUGACCUCUUGAUGCUGAUGAGGGCUGUUCGGUGGACACGAACAAGCAUUCUCCAAUUUCCACCAUCACCUGACUGGCCGCUUUGUGGUGUGUCUAUCGAUAUCUUGCGCCGUAUUACCAACUGCCUACCAGUCAAUCGACCACCUCGCCCAUCUCUCCCCAGGAACCGCAGAUACUCCUGAGGUUACGCAGUGCUCACCAUACGCAGCACGCAGUGGUGGUAUGGAGGGUGCACUAAGAGGCACUGGACGGGGGGCGUCCUUGGCGUCCCAUGUGGUUUGAAGCCUUGCUCGGUGUUCCCAUGUUGAUCGCUUGCGACCCAGACUGUCGGGCCGACGAAAUCGACAUCGCAAAUGCUACGCCAGACCCUGACGACAACCCGCACCGCGCAGCAAUUGCAAUUGUCCCUUCUGCUGGUUGACAAUGCAUGUCAGCCACGGAUGUGGGGUGUUCAAACUGUCACCAACCCAGCGCCCCAAGCACAAAAGAUGGACCGCGGCUGCUUCCGAUUUGGCAUGUCGCGUGUAGGUCGUGUGGGCCGGUGAGCCGCUCUAGCCCAGGUUUGUCUUCUGCAGCUGCCAGACCUCCAGUGGACCUGCAAGUGCUGGCUGGCUAGCCUGGGCAACUCGAUCGCGUUUCCCUCGGAGACACCACCCACCCCUGGCAGGUACUAAAUCUGGCGGUCCCCGCUUGCUUCCCCCAGAUCCAGGGUCCUCCAUGAACCAUCCGCUCGUCAUUCUGCAAAGUCGCAAUUGCAACUUUCUGGAGGGAUCACACAGCCACCGAGCUGGGACUGCGAUGAGCUGCCAAUGAGGAACGAAUCACGACUACAAGACCACCACAUAGAUACGCGGUACUAGACAGGAGAGACGACAUGAUCCGGGCGAUACAGAGAGACCAUAGUCCAUAAUCGUCCCAUCCACGCCCUCUCGCCGCCGGGUUUGGCUCCGGCCCGGCUAAACCUCUGGACUGCGCCUGGCUGCCGGCUUCGCAGUACACACCCGCCAUGGUCACCAAGGUCCCUCUGUCAGAGAACCCAAAGGGUAUCACGAUUUACACAGUACUCUGGCCGCUCACGGGAGUCGCCGGAAUAUUCCUCGCCCUACGGAUAUACAGCAAAACCUUUCGACGAAGAGCACUAUGGUGGGAUGACUAUUUCAUCAUCUUCUCAUGGAUUAUGCUCUUGUUGAGUUGCUGUACUACUUCCACCAAUGUCCUCCUGGGCUUCGGUCUGCGGGCUCCCCAGAUCCCGCCAGAGAACUUUUCCGUCUUCUGGAUCAUUAGCAAUAUAUCCGGUUUUUCAUCAGUUAUCUCAGUGGCCUGCAGCAAAACCUCUUUUGCCAUUACACUGUUGCGGCUGUGUGGCCCGAACACCUGGAUGCGAUGGACCAUCUACGGGCUACUCGCCCUUCUCAACAUCACCCACUACUUGAGCGCCAUCUUCUUUUGGGUUUCGUGUGACCCCGUGGAGAAGACAUACCGCCCGGAGAUAGCGGGGGAAUGCUGGCCGGUCAAGUUUACCAUCAACUUUAGCAUUUUUGUCGGAUGUAGGCCACCACUCCUACAGAACCCCAGUCUUAUUGUUCAGCCAGCGACCUAACCUGUUUAUGUUUCCAGCAUGUUCGGCGUUUUGUGAUUUUGCGCUUGCCCUACUCCCCUGGAGACUUCUUUUGCGAUAUAAUAUGUACAACAGAGAGAAGAUUGGGGUCGCCAUUGCCAUGUCGAUGGGUAUCUUUGCCGGCAUCACUUGCAUUGUCAAAUUAACAACCGUAAAGGUUCUGGAGGAAAACGAUUUUAGCUACAACUCCCUUCCACUCGUCCUCUGGGGCUUCAUCGAGCCUGCCUGCACCAUCAAGGCAGCCUCGAUCCCAAUGCUGAGGCAUUUGUUCAAAAACCUCCGCCACUCCAGCGAUCUUGAAGACAGCGCGAGGGUGGGUACCAACCUCCAUCGCUCUUCUCCUGACCGGCAGCCGUCGCCAGUGGCUGAACAGAGAAGACGUCACAUGGACCUUUCGGAUGAUAACCGUAACGAUAGGAGCAUUCUCACUCUCCCAGCCCAACAGGGGCCGCCGGAGAAGAGCACGCGUACGCUCGGAGGGAGCUGCGAGAAGAGCGAUUCCGACCAAGGCACUACCAUAUCGUCGAUCACGAGCAACAAAAAGCAGGAUAGGGCCAUGUAUGAGCUGCUGGCCAAGGCUAGGCAUAAAGAUUGGGUAUGAUAAGUGGGAUAUAUAUUGACAUUUAAUAGUGGGAUAUCAACUAGG